AAUGGCUGGCACCACAUGAACGUACCAGACGGAGAAGGCGUGUCAGCGAACCCCCCCCCCCCCCAGCGAGCAGCCGCCAUGGAGAAGAACGACGAGGUGGAGCAGACGCUGGUGCAGAAGGCCAAGCUCUCGGAGCAGGCGGAGCGCUACGACGACAUGGCCGCCGCCAUGAAGACGUUGACGGAGCAGGGGGCCGAGACCGAGCUCACCAGCGAGGAGCGCAACCUGCUGUCAGUGGCCUACAAGAAUGUGGUGGGGGCCCGGCGCUCGUCAUGGAGGGUGGUGUCCAGCAUCGAGCAGAAGGCGGAGGGCAAUGAGAACAGGCUGGUCAUAGUCAAGGCGUACAGGGAGAACAUCGAGAAGGAGCUCAAGGAGAUCUGCAACGCCGUGCUGGGCCUCCUCGAUAAAUUCCUCAUCCCCAACUCGACUCAGGAUGAGAGCAAGGUGUUCUACAUGAAGAUGAAAGGAGACUAUUACCGCUACCUCGCUGAGGUGGCUGUUGGAGAGGAGAAAGACACAAUCGUGACUUACUCUCAGAAAUCCUAUUCCGAGGCCAUGGAUCUUGGAAAAGAGAAGAUGCAGCCGCUGCACCCCAUCCGCCUUGGCCUGGCCCUCAACUUCUCUGUCUUCUACUACGAGAUCCUCAACUCUCCUGAAAUGGCCUGCAAGCUGGCCAAGAACGCCUUCGAUGAAGCCAUUACAGAGCUUGACUCCCUGAAGGAGGACUCGUACAAGGACAGCACGUUGAUCAUGCAGCUACUGAGAGACAACCUGACACUGUGGGCCGCAGACAGCCAGGGUGACACGGAGGACGUGGAGGAACCCCAGGACUGAGUUGUACCCCUUUAUUCAACCACAGCCUCUCAUAGACCCUCUCUUCGCCAUCGUCUUCAUCCUCAUUCAUACUCUAUGAUCACACCAUUGUCAUUGUUUGUGUGCACCUCUUUCUCUGCUCUCCCCCUCUCUCUCUCCCCCCCUCUCUCCACAUUCAUUGUUUAAUUCUCUUUCUGGUAGAAAUUGAGAAAGGGUAAGGUUAGGUGUUGAUUAACAAGGUCCAAUGGUUUACUACGAGGAGUGUUUGAGGGUGGUUUGAUGCAGACUUGUUUAUGUGUGCAGGCGAAACAGGGGCAGUGUGUUACCUGCAUGUUGGAUGAGGGUGAGACUCUUGGCUCAGACCAAGUCAGUACUUUAACGCAGCGGGAAACCCGGUUUGGCAAGGUAACUAGGUUAUGGUCGUGAUCCAGUUGAGGGAUUAGCAUACCAUUGUCCAGUUUUACAUGCCACUACGGUGACUGGGUUACAGAAGCAAGUUGAAGAAGUGACAAAUUUGAAGGGCACAACAAUUGUUCACGCUCUGUAAUAACGCCAUCUGGGUACAAUCAGGGCUCCAAGUCACGAUGGGUCUUACACCCUUAACUGCUGGGACCUGAUCAGGGAUCUCUUCUUUACGAAAAGCCGGAUCAGGGUGCGGACAGGGUAUUUCCUCUUUAUGUAAACGUACUGACUGGCAAGUUGGUAAUGUUAUCAUACUUGGGUUGCUGGUGGGAGGUGAAUGAAAGUAGAUGUGAUUUAGAGUUGGGAACCAUCUGGCAGGAUUUGAUUGAUCUGAAGACACAGGGCUCACAUUCCUGUCCCAAUCUGAACUUCAUCUAUUAUGUUUUACUGAGUGACCAUCAUUUGUAUUUCUAUAUCAACGACGAGGGUAAAGAAAAACUUGUAAGAACAAAAAACAAAGCACACGCUUUUUUACCUUACUUUUGUUUUUUGGUUGUCUAUGUUUUAUAAUGUUAACCCUCCCUAUGGUUGGCUAUCUAGUUCCUGCUUUUUUGUACUGAUUAUGUACUGAUUUUCUUUUAUACUUGCCUAAUUUGACCUUGUGGCUAUAAAAAAGGUUAAGGGAAGGUUGGCUUGCAUGUCUUUGAACUUUUCAUAGAGAACCUGAGCAUUACUGUUAUUUGGAGAUAAAUAUGUAAUUUCAUGUAUGUGUAAUAAAACAAGAAUAAUCCAAAA